AUGGCGGGUGUAUUAGACUUGGGUGAGGUUGACCUCUGGGACAAUCCCACGUGUGAAUCGGCACUCAGACCGUUGCGCUACCGGUGCGAACGGACCUACAAACAAACGGUGAACACAACACUACAUAUGCAUCGUAUGGAUGUGAGUACAGAGUCAGUCAAACGGGCCGUUUGUUGCGGCGGUUGGCUCACCAAACAGUGUGUGACUCGUGCGGCAAAUAGUAUAAGUGUUUGCGGCGAUAAAGUGGCCAAACUUUAUGGACAAUUGCCGAGUGAGGCACACAUCAAACACGACGUGUUGGACAAGUGCUCCGAAUAUCAAGAAAACUCAUUAAUUUGUAAUUAUUUUGUCGAAAUACUGAAUGAAUAUUCACAAGAAUCUCGUAAUAACAGUGUGUUUUGCACCGGUAUGUUGUGUGCCAUACAACGGGCACAACAGUGUGACAUGAAUAUAGUGCUGUCAAUGACUGGUGACCAGGGAUGCGAUGCCUAUACAUUGCAACAGAUUAUCAUCAAAAAGUAUGAAAUCUUUUUGAAUAAACUAUACGAAAAUAAUUGUAAACCAUUUAAAAGUCGCAAAAACAAUGAUAAACUUAAAUGCAAUGAAAAUGUUAAAAUUACAUUUGCCGAAAUACAGGCCCGUGUUUUUGAUGCCCUUCUAAGCCCACUAUACUCGAUGACUCGUGUUAGUGGUCUGGGAGAUUGGGGAGAACCUAGAUUUUAUAAAAACUAUCAAAUUGUAUCAAGUAUAUUUCAGGAAAUAGGUGAGAUGAUUACAGUUGGCACCCAAGUAGACAAUAGGAUGACUACAAUCAAAUUAGGAGAAAAACACAAUCACAUUGCAGGUAAAGUAGCCGUAGUCGCCGGUGCCGAUGAUACCCUCGGUAGAGAAACGGCUGUCGAGUUGGCCAAACUGGGAUAUAAAGUAAUCGUUGGAACCAAUGAUAUUGACCUAACAGAGCGUUUUAUAGCUAAUGUCAAGAAAGGACACAAUUAUAUCAGUAUGAGUGUCCACAAACUGGAUCUGAGUUCAAUGCUGUCCGUCCGAUUGUUUACCGAUUAUAUCACUAAACGAGAUCCAAAAAUUGAUUUGUUGGUUAACAGCGGUGACGUAUUUAAUGAGAAAAGGGUGAUCACUGCCGACGGAUUUGAAAAGACAUUUGCCGUCAAUUAUCUGAACCAAUUUCUAUUGACUCGACUACUUAUGCCAAACCUAUACAAGUCGUCCGACGCCCGAAUAGUCAACGUUACAUCAGUGGCCCAUCAUUUCGGUCAAAUCAAUCUACUGGACAUCAAUCAGGAGCUAAUGUUUAUAUCGUUGACAGCCUAUAACCAAAGCAAACUGGCACAGGUACUCAUCACCAGAGAACUGGCACAACGACUACACGAAACCAAUAUCAAAGUGUAUGCAAUAAACCCGGGUGUCCUUCGCAAGCGUUAUCGUACACCGACUAUGUUUAUUGUGGACGAUAUGCUAAACCGUAUGUCAACCGCUUAUUUAGGCGUACAAUCCAUUAUACAUUUGGCAGUGGAGGACAAGUAUAAAAAUGAGACUGGCCAAUAUUAUAGCAACUCUGAUAAACUGCAACAUAUGACUGAUAAGGCAACCGACGGUGUUAUGGCUGAGAAACUCUGGAAUUUGAGCUGCGAUUCGUUAAAUCUUAACAAAGAUAUUGAUCUGACCAGUGAUAAGACCAAUGAUGAUGAAGAAGGUGGCGAUGAUCUGAAAGAACUGUCUAAAGAGAUAAAGACCGAAGAUUCACGUAUAAUGCCGUCCAUCGAGUCUAAUGUUGAUCAUAAUACUGAACAAAAUGAAACAAAUAAACCAAGUGAUGGUAAUCAGAGCACUGGUAGUCCAACCGAAAGUGACAAAAGCACAAGUAGUUUACCAGAAAGUGAUCAAAACACUGGUAGUUCAGCAGAUAUCGGACCGACUAAAAGUACAGAAUUGUAA